AUGUCCGGUCUUUCGACGACAAUUAUGCCCUUUGCGCAGUUGCCGGCCUGCGCUCAACAGUGCGGCCCGCUCUUCGACGCCAACGGCGCCUGCGUGCCACCUGCCGUCCCGGCGGCCGACGCCAAAGUCUAUGAUGCCUGCUUCUGCAGUCAGCCGGCCCUCCAGCCCUUCAAGACUGCCGCCACUGGUGUGUGUGACCCCGCAGGCUGCGAUGCCGCUGGCUUCAGCAGUAUCCAAGGAUGGUACACCUCGUUUUGUAAUUCAGUCGCCGGCGGUGCCGCUGUCCAGACGUCCUCUUCUCCGGGAUCCACCUCGACGGCCUCGAAAGGAUCUUCCAACGGAAAUGGCGGCGAUUGGCUCUCUAACCACUGGAGAUGGGUCGUCAUGCUCGUAAUCCUCGUAGUCGCCAUCGCCGGCAUCUGGGUUGGCGCCUGCAUCUGGCGCCGGCGCUACCUCCGCCGCAAGGACCGCAUGUACGAGCUCGGCAAGCACGCCCACCAGGGCCCCAGCGGCAUCAUUGCCGGCUCCGGCGUCAACGUCAACCAGGCCGGCAUCGUCAACGCGCCCGGGCAGUUCAUGCCCGGACCCCAUCCCGCGAUCUAUGAUGAGAAACCCCCGAAGGAGAAGAAGAAGUGGGUCGUCAACGAGCGGACGUAG